AAUCGAGAGUUAAGCUAACGACAGUAAGGACGAUCAUUUCGAUAUGUGACUAAGGAACCUAGGGACGGAUGGGAAUGACGUGCCAGAGGGAAAUUUGAACUAGUGAAUGAGCUGAAGAAGAAAGAAAAGAAUGAAGGGUCCGCUUAGAUCGUCAGACCCCAGGACGACGAAUAGCACACCGCUUCAAGAAAAGGUGUGGAACUUGGCGACUGACCAGAGGACUCCCAGAAUGCAUCGAGAGGAUUUAAAAGAAAACAUGCCAACUCCCGUAAAAAAAAUUAUGUUCCCUCCCCGCUCAACCCAAGUGACACCGUUAAUAUCAAAAACUCAGGAGACCCUCAUAUCGAAGAUGAAUUCAGAUGGCAACAUAUCAGAAAAAGCUGUUAGCCCUGGGCUUACAAAGUUAAGAAUGACACCAGGUCCAACUUUACAAGAAAAGCAGAAACGUCUCAAUAAAAAGCACCAGAAGGCCAAGGAAUCCUUAGAUAAGCUUGCUGUUGGAGGAGGGGUCAGCCUUUGGCCGGAAAUGGACAGAAUGAGGUUGACUGUUGAUGAAGGACUUAUUCUUUUUCUGUUCUGCUUGCUUACAUGUUCUGCUGUGUAUCUGGUCUUUAAAUAUUUACACGGUCCUUUGCUGCUGAGUCUGCAUCACUACACUUUUAAAGUGAGAAGUUUUUUUGCACGUCAUUCUGUGAUCAGUACUUCUCAGGCUGCACUAAAUGACUCUGUAAUGAGGUGGCAUAAGGAGUUCUGGAAGUUAUUGGAUAAUAUUCAAACACAAUUUGAAACUCAUCUUCAUCAAGCUCAUGCAACAUACAUUCUGUAUUUAACUCUAUAUGUUUGUGCUGUCGGUACACUUCUGUAUUACCUGGCUGACAACAUGAUCCAGAAGAGUAAGCUCACACCACGCAGAAUAAAAAUCUGGGUUUUACUUCUGGUUGCUACUGCAUCUUGGACUGUGCUCAUGUUACAAUUACUGAUUUUUUCACAAAAAUUUAGAACGUGCUGUAGAGGCCACAGUUGGCAGAUUUCUGGAGGAGCUGGCUGAGCUAGCAGUUCUUGAUUUUGACCUUCAAAAAUAUCAUAAUGUUGCUACCUAUUGGAAAAUUCGCUGCCUUCCUCCGACUACUCAAGGAACAUUGAGCAUCUUUGGCAUUGUGCCUAUCAAGGAUGUUUCUUUUUACCUUCAGUACUACAGUGUACCUGUGCUGACAGCUCUUUGCACUCCUGUUUUGAGACUUAUUCUAGCAAUGAAGGAAAUGUAUAUGGGACCGUGUUUAAACAAACUUAAAUGACCACACUAAGGUAUUUUUUUUUUGGUAACCUUGUAUGGCAAACAUUUAAACCAAAAACAAAUGAUUUCUUAGUGUUUGAUUAUGAAUGGUAAAGAAUAGUUCGAAAAAUCUUUUGGUUAGGAUAUAUUUUAUAUCUACAUUUGUGCAUACAUGGCCUCUGAGGAAAAAGGUUAACUAAUUUCUAAUUUGUAUGUUUGGCUGCUGGUUGUUAAGCUUAUUAAAAUGACACUUUUCUCUAAAAUUGUUGUUAAACAAACUCUAUGCAGGCCAUUUUUGACUUAAAGCAGCAUUUGUUAACAAUUUAAACGGGUUUUUAAUUGCAUUUUAAGGACUAAGCAUGAUAUGUUGUAUAGUGAGUAUUAUGACACUUGACAUCACUCUUGGACAAUGUGUCCUUUGUAUGCAUAUAUUUUGCACAGUGACUCCUUUUGGCAUCUUUAUUUCAACCAAAUUUUUUUUCAAGGAUUUUAAAUAUGUAGAACAAGCAUCAGUCUAUUUGCUUUAGUAUAUUCUCAUUUUAAAUGUUUUAAAAGUAAAUGCAUUUAAACUUUGGUAUGAUUAAUUUUUUUUCCUUUCCUUUCUUUUUGUAUUCCAUCUUUUAUCAAUAUGUAGUCAGUCUUGUUUAUAUGUUGAUUAUUUAUCUGUUUAACCUUAAUAUUUGUUGACUGUUUCUCCAAGGGGGGAAAAUGAACGAAAAGCUGAAAUUGUGUUUAAAUUUUAAACAUUUAUUCAUUACUAGAGACUUUCUCCCCCCUAAAAUGUACAUAAAUCUUUUCUGCACUUUUUUGGUAAUUUAAAUGUAUGUGCAAGCAACCCAGUAAACUGGACAGAACACUUACCCUUGA